AUGCAGCACUUCCUUAUGUUGCGGCCCCAGUUGACAGAUUCUGAUAUGGACUAUGAGAGGCCAAACGUUGAAACUAUCAAGUGUGUGGUGGUAGGAGACAAUGCAGUUGGAAAGACCCGCCUUAUCUGCGCCCGGGCCUGCAAUGCCACACUGACUCAGUACCAGUUACUUGCUACACAUGUGCCCACGGUCUGGGCAAUUGACCAGUACAGAGUAUGCCAGGAGGUAUUAGAACGCUCCAGAGAUGUAGUGGAUGAUGUCAGUGUGUCCCUUCGGCUAUGGGAUACUUUUGGAGACCAUCAUAAGGACCGGCGUUUUGCAUAUGGCAGGUGA